CGCGCAAUUCCACUCGCGCGAGUUCGAUCGAUCGCUCUGUCCGUCCGUCCACCAUGUCGACCGAUUCAUUCUCGCCAGAGCUCCUAGCGCUGUACUAUGACCGCCUCUUCCCUUACGAAGAAAUGGUGCAAUGGCUGGGCUACGACGCCAGUGUCGCCAAGGACAACAGUACGCCCAACACAUUGCUCAGUCGUCGCGAGUUUUCGUUCACACUCGAAAACGACCAGUACAUUCGCUACAAAGCUUUCCAUAACGCUGAUGAAAUGAAGACUGAAAUGAAGCGCCUGAUGCCCCACAAGAUUGAUAUCGGCGCGGUCUUCUCGGUGUCGCCCAUGGACAAAGGCAAAGUGGACAGCUCCAAGUUUACGCCAGUAGAGCGAGAGCUUGUAUUUGAUGUGGAUCUUACAGAUUACGAUGACACGCGUACGUGUUGCCAAUCCGCUGCGAUUUGCCACAAGUGUUGGCAGCUCAUGGUGGCCGCCGUCAAAGUCAUGGAUCGAGGGCUGCGAGAGGAUUUUGGAUUCCAACACAUCCUGUGGGUAUAUUCCGGGCGUCGAGGGAUCCAUUGCUGGGUGUCGGACACAACAUCGCGCCUGCUCACCAACGAAGCGCGCACGGCCGUCGUUCAGUACUUCACCCUCGUGGAGGGGAGCGAGCACGUCAAGCGCAAAGUCAAGCUGACGGAGCCUUUGCAUCCGUCUCUUGAGCGAGCGUAUUCCAUUCUGGAGCCCAUGUUUGGCGACGUCAUCUUGGGCCCGUCCGGUCAAAGCGUUUUGUGCUCGCAAGACAACUGGACCAACCUGCUCGACAUGGUGCCUGACGACGACAUUCGGUCCAAAUUGGAUUGCGCUUGGUCUCAGCAACUCGACGCGACGACGCCCGUCGAGAAAUGGGACCAACUCAAAGCGGCCGUCGAAAGAGCUGUGCAGGACAAGAAGCGCAAGAACCUCUCGGAUGAACGUCGCCGCCUUCUCCGAACGUGCAUUGCCGAGAUUGUGUUUUCGUACUUGUAUCCUCGGCUGGAUGCGAACGUGUCCAAGCAACGUAACCACUUGCUCAAGAGUCCGUUUGCCAUCCAUCCGAAAACAGGACGAGUGUGCGUGCCGAUUGAUCCGCGCCGCAUAGACGACUUUAAUUACGAGACUGUGCCGACGCUCGCAUCGCUCGAGCGCGAGCUCAACGCGAAGGGCAGAGACGACGGCAAGUAUCGAUGUUUCAAAGAGUACGUCGAGUACUUUGCCAAGGACUUUAUCCAUCCCAUCCACGUCGCGCUGGUCAAGCAGAAGAAGGCGGCCGCCGAAACCACGGCGGCGCUGACGGGAGACUGGUAACUAGCGCUCUCAAUAAUCUUCAACCAGUUAGUACACGACCAACUGUGUCCGAGGACGCUGUCGACGUGCGCAACAACCUAACACGUUGCAUUCCAG